UCCUCAGGACUCAAAUUCUGAAGCUUUUGCGAAGUUUUCAAAGCUUGAGCGCGUGAUACCACCGAAGAGGCGAAGCACAUGCCACUACUUUGCCCACGUCAUCGACCAUCAUCGAAAGCAACGCCACAGCGUCUUGAUCGGCAAGUACCCAGUCUCGCGUCGCCUUUGUUCCGUCAGGAAAUAUCAUCUUUCGACUGCGCUCCACAUUCACGUUCCACAAAAGAGUCGACGUUCUCUCACGAGAGAGUCUACCAUGUCUACAACAUAUCCACCGGACACCGCCCCUCCUUCGUAUGAAGCCGCCACAGGUUCCGCUUCAACACCAACACGCGUAUCUACGGACGGACCUGCCGAACAAACCGCCCGCAAUGGAAUACCACCGGAACGGCGUCGCUCUAUGGAAGACGAGAACCGCCCGCUGCCUCCUGGCUGGAUCCGACAAUUUGACCCUGUAGAGGGGCACCAGUUUUUCGUGGAUACAAAGGCGAAUCCCCCGCGAUCUAUAUGGGUCCAUCCGUACGAUGACCCGGAGUACUUGUCGACGUUGUCGCCCCAGGAGAGAAAACUGCAUGCUCGAAUGCACAGAAGCAUGACUCUCGAAGACCUCACUGCGGAGAGCUCCGACGACGAGACAGGAGACCACCAUCCCCGCCGCAAAGCCGCCGCUGGAUCCAGCAACGACCCUCAGCCAACCGGCAUCCACAAGUUCACUCGGAAAAUGAAAGACAAGCUCACGGGUACCACGCACGAACAGCGCGCCACUCACCGCAUCCAGCGCGAGGAGCAAGAACGUCGCGCUUACAUCGCGCACUUGCGGGCUCGCCAGGCCAUGGUACGCGCUCUAGAAACUGGACAGCCGCAGUUCCUGUGCAAAGAUGCUCAGGGACGCGACGUGUACAUCGAGCCGCCAAGCGGGCCCGCAAUCCCACGGGGCGCGUAUGGGUACAAUCCGUAUGCCCAGGGCCCGUAUGCGGAUCCCAACGCGCGGUUUGUAAGGCCGAUGGGGCCAUACGGCCGGCCGUAUGGUCGUGGCUAUGGCGGUGGUUUGGGGGCUCCAGUCGCGGCCGGGUUUCUGGGUGGUGCGGUGUUGGGCGGUCUCUUGUUCUAGGCUAUGUACAAGCGAUUGAACGGUGAAGGGAAUCCACCGGAGAAUGGACUCAGUGAGAGAUGAGUGAUGGGACGACGGGGAGCCAUGAAGAU